GUGCGUGAGAGGGAGAGAGUGAGUGAGUGAGUGGGGAGAGAGAAGAAGGAGGUUUAAAAGCAAUUGUUAUUGAAGCAUUUCCACAUCAGUCCAAGAAGGUGCAGAUGGGGUUGGAUAUCAACAGCUGAGAGAAACUGGAAUGAAGAAAGAAACACGCAGACAGAGCUAAAGGAGAUGGCAGUGCAUAAAGAACAAAUCCACCACACAGUCCAGGUUACCAACUUGCCAAAAGAGCAUGGGCAGCGAGCUGAAAAUUUUUCCCUGUAAGUGAAGAAGCUCUAUCUCUGUCCAUUUUGUUGCUGGGAAAUUUUAACUCACCACUGCAUCGGUGCCAAGGUGCCAUAAUGAAGAACACAAGUGCAUUUAGCCAGCCAGGGAUUGUUCUCCUGCUGGUCACAUGUCCCCUGCUAAGCAUUCUGCGUGGAGUUACCUGUAAGGCUGAGAGUGGACACCUUGGGGACUCUGAUCCUGACAGGUGUAUGAGACACCAUUUUGUGGAGACCAUCACACAUCCCAUCUACAAAUGCAACUCCAAGAUGGUACUCCUGGCUCGCUGUGAAGGUCACUGCAGCCAUACAUCUCGUUCAGACCCUCUCAUCUCCUUCAGCUCUGUUCUUAAGCAACCCUUUAAAAGUACAUGCUUCUGUUGCCGCCCGCACACCUCCAAACUGAAAGCAGUGCGUCUGCGGUGCUCUGGUGGGACUCGAAUAACUGCCACCUACCGGUACAUCCUUGCAUGCAGCUGCGAGGAAUGCAGCUGAAUGGGCUUGCCAAGAACAAGGAAAUGGCUAAGCCCCAUUUUAUGUGUUUUAUUGCUGUCCAUAUUAAACAAACUAUUACACGAUUCAUUAACAGUGCUGGUAUGAAUGGAGAUUAAGCCAGCAAAUCAAAGAAAAGAAACAUUGACGAGUCGGUUGCACCUGGGCCUGAUCUCUGCCAGUUGAUUAAUUUCUAAUGCAUUCCAUUGCUUUGAUCACAGCAUGUGCAAAAUUAUGGAUGCUGGCAACAACUUUGCAGUUUAGGGGCGUUAUGAGAGAACUUAGAAGGUAUCGUAUCUGUUCCGGGCUGGAGACAUUCCAACAAAAGCGAGAGAACUCGUGGGAAUUGUUCACAGGUUGCAGUGAUGCCAGGGUAAUGUCUGUUUCAGCUGUCAGACGUUGUAAUGUCAGUGCUGGGACUAUAAAUGGAAAAUGGUCAUUUAAUAUAAGACUGGUCAAAUAUAGCAUGCACGGUUAAGAUCAUUACGUGGAACAGGACUGAUUUGUCAAAGGAAUAUUCCAAGUCCAUAAUGACAAAAAUAGCUAUGGGGCUCCUAUGUUCAAAUCACAAAAGAAUGCUGCAUUUCUUUAAGUUAGCAUCAGAAUUUCAUUAGUUUACAAUAAGACAAAGCAGCUUUCUAUUUGUCAUGCUUUGCUGUAAUUGUACCCUUUGUGAAGUUGCACAGAGUUUGUAAUUAUGAAAAAAAAAAAAACUGACAGCUCUGUUGGCACCAUAUGUGAAUCUAAUAAAUUACUUCCUUUUGUUUGUA